AUGAAGCCGAAGAGUCCGACGAAAGAACGGGUGCAUUCCAUGAAGCUGCGGGAGCGGAUUCAGGGCAGAGUUUUGUUUGGGAAACCAGACCUCGAGAAGACAAAUCAGUGGCUAAAACAACGACAGACAGAUCGACUCCAGCAGGCCAAAGAGCGAUGGAACUUUGACUUUGAAAAGUUCGAGCCUUGUUCGUCUUCGGAAGCGGGUGGAAAUGAGAAAGUGGAGUUUGAGCUGGUUCCAGAAGAUCAGGUAGGUCAUCUUCUUUGCCAAUGGUAGUAAAAUACAUUUUUGUUUUACGCUUAUUUUUUAGGGGAUUUUAAAAAAAGAAUCGUAGAACUUGAGAAGUUUUAAAUACUGCCAUUUGCAUAACUUUUGCUGACACAUUUAUAAAAUAGGUUAAGAUUGAUUCGUUAUUCCUAAACGACUCUGAAAUUUGCCUUUUUUGUCCCACAAUUUUAACUGGCGAUUGUAUAAAAUUGUUUUUGGGAUAUUUAGGUAUUAUUUUUUGUUAAUGGUAAUAGCUGUUUUUUGCCUCUAUCUUUAUUAUGGAACGUUCAUUUAUGAAUAGGCAACAAAUUGGAUGUAAAGGAUCCUUAAGAGGUCAGCGCAAGGUCGUAUUCUUUAUAAAGGCUUAAAUUUGAUGAGAUUUAGGGCUCAGCAGGAUGUGGUCGGCGCUUUUGUCUAGAUUAAUGUCUUGUCUUUUAGGUCCCGAACUUUUAUCGAAGCAAAACAUCUAAGGUGACGGUGGAGAAGCAUCUACAGACGCCCAGAAAACGCCUAAGAUCAGAGUCUAUGGAAUCCGACAUUCAGAAUACGACGGUAGAGAUAAUACAGGAAGUGGCAAUCAAAUCACCUAAGAAGAUCAGGCUAGCCAAGUACAUGAGUGCCUACGAGACACCCAAGAAGGCUCCCAAGAUGUAG